AUGGGCGCCGUUGUCUCAUGCAUCCAAAGCGUCCUCCACGCUAUCGGCUCCUGCCUGAUGACCAUCGUCAACGCCAUCGGAGCCGUCCUGCGCGCCAUCAUCGACGGCGUUGUCACCGUCAUCGAUGUGAUCAUCGCCUGUCUGACCUGCGGCUACUGUGGUAAACGCAAGCGACGAACCAGGGCCACGGUGUAA